GGCAGGAGUACCACUUCUCACACUCUCGCCCUGCUUCUAGCAUUCUAGUUCCAAGUUUCCAAGCCAGCCGGCGCUCCAAACCUGGGUCUCCCGACUUACCUACCUACCGCCGGUGAUCUUGAUCUGGGAAAGGAAGCGUGUUGCCAAGAUUGGUCGAUUCCUCUUGUUGAUUUGUUUGCCGCGCUUGCUUUCCACUUUCUUCUUGGAAAGGACCAAGGGAACUAGUCUGGACUCUGGAGCUGGAGUGAGAAGGGAGAUCUGCGAAACAAGAGAAAGCAGGCCAAGAACAGUCUGAAGCUGGAGUGAGAAGAAGAGGCAGAGAAAGAAGGCGACACGAUGACAGUUAUAGAUUUCAUAGAAGUGAGUGAUGAUUUUAUUGACUUGACCAGCGAUGAGGAGACUGUUCAACAGGAUAACAUUGCAACUCAGCCCCAGGCGUCGUUAGUGGAUAGGCAGGCUGUGUCUGUCCUAGCUGAUGAAGGAAAGCAAGAUGGGCAGGCUUCAUUUGCCUCUGCUGGUGAAGGAAGUCGAGAAGCUACUGAAUCUGGAAAUGCUUCGGUGGCUACCACAUCUCCCUCAGUUAUGGAAAAAGUGCCUCUGGAUAUGGCUGAAUCACAGAAUUGUCCUAGCUCCCCAACAUCAGCUCCACUCGCCAGCCCGGCUUGUGCCACUCCGAAGGUUCUGUCCUCUGAAGUUGGUGACCCAAAGCAGGAUGUGUUUGUCCUAGCUGGUGAAGGAAGUCAAGAUGCGCAGACUGCAUUUGUCUCAGCUGGUGAAGGAAGUCAAGAGGAUACCGAGUCUGCAAAUGCUUUGGUAGCUACCGCAUUGCCCUCGGCUAUGGAAAAAGUGCCUCUUGAUACAGCUGAAUCGAAGAGUUGUCCUAACUCCCCAACAUCAGCACCACUCCCCAGCCCGGCUUCUAUCACUCUGAAGGAUGUGACCUCUGAAGAUGGCGACACACAGCUGGGAGCUACCGUAUCGCCCUCGGGUAUGGAAAAACCGCUUCUUGAUACUGCUGAAUCAAUGAAUUGUCCUACCUCAGCAUCAACGCCACUCCACAGCCUGGUUUCUACCACUCCGAAGGUUCUGACCUCUGAAGAUGGUGACACACAGCUCGGAGCUACUAUAGCGCCCUCGGGUAUGGAAAAGGCGCUUCUUGAUACUGCUGAAUCAAAGAAUUGUCUUACCUCCCCAGCAUCAGCUCCACUCCCCAGCCUGGCUUCUACCACUCCGAAGGCUCCGACGUCUGAAGAUGGUGGCACAAAGCUGGCUAGAGCGAAACAUCCUAAGAAGAACUACCACACAAGUACUCCAAGGAGAAGUCCUAGAUUGCGCGAAUGUUGUAACAAUCCUGUCGAGGAGCUGACAACCAGUCACAAGAGGUCUCGCAUGCUCAAGCCAGCAGAAGAAUUGGAUGCCGCUAGCGACAAUGCAGAAUCUACAAAGACCUUCUCUACUGACAACGCAAACUAAGUUAGUCAACUGAAUAUGGUCCUCCAUGAAACUGUCUAACUGUGUUGUUGCUCUAGUUUGUCUCAUUUGUAUUCAGGAACCACUAUCGUUGCAUUCUAGCAUGGUGGGAGCUCGUGUUGCCCCAUAUAUCUAUCUUUAUCGAAAAAUCUGAGAUUUUUAUGUGCCCUUUGUGUUUGAUCACCUGAGUAUCUUGCAACAUAAUGUAUGAACAGUUUACUACGGAGUAUGUACCUUGGUCAUCACUUGGUUAUCUCCAGAUGCUUUA